AUGCUUGUGCAGCGGGACAGUGUGCCCUGCGCGGACAGUUCCCUGACCACUCUGUCUACGGAGCAGGAUCGCCGUAAGCGCAAGGUGAAGCAGGAGUUGCCCCGCCCCCGUCAGGUGACAUCGGCGGGCAGCGGUGUGAGGGGCGCAGGAGUGGUGCCGCCUCCGCCAAGCGACGAUUUGAUUGCCCGGCUUCAAAGGCCCAGCUAUCAGCGCGAUUUCCAGCCGUUGGCGCUAUAUGGACCCCAUGGAGUGGGGUGUCAACUGCCAGCACAGGACGUCCUGACGCUCGCCGACGGACAGUGUCUGGCGGACACAGUGGUGGACUUCCACAACAUGUACCCGAAGCUGGAAGGUGGCAAAACAUGGUUUGCUCUGGACACGAAGGCGUUUACGUUCGCGAAAGACCUGAACAGGGCAUGGCCCCUUGGACAUGCGCCGUGUAUUUUCGCACAGGACUACCUCGCCAUCCCAGUGUACUACGAGGGCCACUACUCGCUGGUCAUAGCGACGAACCUCCGCACCAUGGUCAGUGGGAAGCUAUCCGAGACUGCCGAGGGCGGCGUCGAGCUGGUGCAUUACGACAGUGCACAGUUGCACACUAAUAAGCCAGAAGUGAUGGAGGGCGUCAAGAGCAUGCUGCUCCUUCUGCACAAAGCUCAGCUGCCCACUGCCGACCGGAAGCAUGCGGAGGACCAUGUGAAGUAUGCCGAAGUCUACGUAAUGCAUCCGGAAGACCACCCACAGCAGUCGAACGCGGUAGACUGUGGGAUUUAUGUCGGCAUGUAUCUUCGCGCCCUGGUUUCAACCGGCUUUUCAAUCCUCAAACAAUUCAUGACGUUCUACGGCGCGAAGUCACACGCAUACCGGCGCCAGCUCCGCGAAGAGGUGUCCCUCCACGCCACAGGUGACCUUAUUGUGAAGCUCUUUGGGGAGGGUGUGGAGGUUCCCGUGCAGCCUCUUCCCCAGGUGGGAGAACACGGCGCCCUCGUCUUUCCCAAGGAGGACGAAGUCCGCACGGACCUCGCGAGGCAGUCAGGCAUGAUAGCCCGUAUGGAGAUAGGGGGUUACGUUGUCUGUGCGGCUGUCAUGGGCCUGGCACGUUCGCUAGGCAUUUCGGAGGAACAACUGCUGAGUGGAGCGGCACACGAGCUUCAGGCACACGGGACGCCUCUGCUGGCUCUGUCCACGUCCAAGAACCCCGUGGCGCACGCAGCAUCUAUGCGGACGCUCGGCAUGUCCAUCCACCCGGCUCCAUGUCCGCUUCCGCAGCCAUCGGUCCCGUCUGCGCAUUUCGAGGGAGCGACACCCAGUAAUGGCACAGGUCAGCAGAUUCGGCUGGGCGCCUAUACUGUGGAGCUCGAUGCGGCGUAUGCGUAUGCCGCGGCAGCCUUUGUAAUCAGGCGUAAUGACCACAUCCACCACGUGAAGGAGCUGACGGACGAGGAGAAGGAGUGCCUGGAGGGGUGUGUUUGCGACGACGUGCGUCAUCUGGUCAAGGCACGGAUGUGGUGGAGGUGGCGUCAGUGGAGGACAGCGCUGGCAGAGCUGGGCAUCGAGCCUGGUACUCCAUUCCCACUGGAAAACAGUGGCACGCGGUCGCCGGACACCAGCAGCAGCGAUGAAGACGUGCAAGUCAGGAUGGGUCAUGGUGUGGAGAAGGUUGACGGAACAGCUGCUUCCAGCGGAAAGGCUGGUCGCAGGCGCAAACGUCCUGUUCAAGACGUGGUCGAGGGCUCUACACGAGUGGACGGGGAACCUCACGCACCUCCGGCGCCAUCAUCUGACGACGAUCCAGACGUGGCUCUCCCCAGACGUAACCCAGUCCACGCUCAAGACGAGGAUGGUGCGGAAGCGGAGAACAAUGCUGAAGCCGACGCAGAAGAGGAUGACGACGGCGCGAGGCGGGAUCCCAAUGACGCACCGGUCACUCGUGAGGAGCUGCAGAGCAUGAGGGAGCUCCAUGAGGAGACGGCACGUGCGAUUGCAAGGUUGGAGACGGCGUUCAUUGCGAAGCCCAAAGAAGACGGCAGUGCUAAGAAGAGGAGGAGGCGCAAGCACGGCUCCGGCAAGGAAAAGCUCCGGAAGGCGCGGCGGGCACGCUCUACGUCAGAGACGGCGUCCGAAGAGGAGGGGGGGUUCGACGACGGGGACGAGGGCCACCUUCGUCACUCCCCAUCUGCCAUUAUGCAGGAGGCGCUUGACCUACUCCCGACCGACAAAGGCUGGAAGGAAUUAUGUGAGCAGGCGCGCACCGAGCUGUUCGUUCGGCGCUCCAACGCACAGCUGACGUUCUACCCCAGCAGCGCCGCCAAAACUUGGGCCAUCUGUGCAGUCGUGGAUAACCUGACGGAAAGCUAUGCAAGCGUGGCUCUCGCGGCGUGCAAGGCACGUCGGGUCGACCUGAACCGGUCGUGCAGCGACUGGAAGACAGCGGCGGCAGGGAGAGUCCGAGACAUCGGGCUGCCGAAGAUUGGACUUUUUCGCCACGAACGAGACAUGAAGAGUCCAUGGGCGACCAAGGCGAGGCGCACCCUCUCCCGGAUCCGAGAUAGGGUCGGCCUUGGCGACGUUCCGGCGGGAAAGCUGCGGCUGUCUAGCUGGAGUUGCUCCCGUGAAGGGAUGCCUUUCGCGUCUGGGGCGUUUACGGCCUGUGCGCGUGCGGUGUUCAAGCCAAGGAUGGUCAACGGGACUGUGACACUGAAGCUCUACCACGUGGCAUGGCUGGAGCACGUGAUGCGGUCAAUCACUGGGAGGAGCGCCAGGGUCGCUUCGCCAACCCAAUCCGCGAGCACCAACGCGCAGAUAGUGGACGGCCUCCACGUCCUUGUCAAGGCUGCUGUUAGGGCGGCCAUCGCGGAUUUCCGACCAGCAUAUGACGAGGCGUCCCAGAGCUGGGAGUGGGGACGCCAUGGUCUCCGCAUCUCGGCCGACGGCAUCGCCGCCGUCGAAGCAGUGACCGCAGAGGCAAGCGUCAGUCGCGGUACGCCGCAGGCCUAA